AUGGCAUCAUCUAGUGGAGGUCCGAUGUUUUUAAAUUCAAUCAAUUCUAGUGGAAUCGUAAAAGAUGGUGAAUAUAUUGCUAACUUAUUUAUUGAAGCAAUAGAAAAUGUAGGUUCAAACAAUGUUGUUCAAGUUAUUACGGAUAAUGCAAGUAAUAUGAAACUUGCCGGUACUAUUGUGGAGCAAAAAUAUCCUCAUAUAUUUUGGACUCCCUGUGUUGUUCAUUGUUUGAAUCUAGCUUUGAAAAAUAUGUGCCAACCUUCGGAAAAAUCACCUCACUUUAUUAAUUGUAGAUGGAUUUUAGAGUUACUUAGUGAAGUGAGUAAUUUGAAGAACUUUGUUGUGAACAAUGACUUGGCACAUGCACUUUUUCAAAAAUAUUCGAAUUUGUGUUUGUUGAAGGUUGGUGAAACAAGAUUUGCCUCACACAUCAUUAUGACCACCCGAAUUCGCAAAGUGAAAUCUUCUUUGGAGAAAAUGGUCAUGGAUGAUGGAUGGAAGAAUUAUAAGGGGGAUAAGGGGAUUGAAGCCAAAACACGUGAAAUAAAAUUCCUUAUAAUGAAUGAUGAAAAAUGGGAUAGUAUUGAUUAUUUCUUGAAAUUUACGGAACCAAUUAUUGAUAUGCUAAGAAGUUCCGAUAUUGAUGGUCCAAAAUUACAUCUCAUCUAUGAUAUGUGGGACUCAAUGAUUGAGAAGGUCAAGAAAGUCAUCUUUGAGCAUGAGGGGAAAGAUCUCAUUUUCGGUCAAUUAAUUUUUUUUGAUACUAUUCAUGAUAUUCUUGUGGCUAGGUGGAACAAAAGUAACACACCUCUACAUUGUAUGGCACAUUCUUUGGUUCCCAAAUAUUAUCAUGAAUCAUGGCUUCAAGGAGAGAAUGGAAUUCGAAAGCUUGCUCCUAAUGAAGAUAGUGAAAUUUCAUGA